AUGACAAUCGAGAAAAAGAGACCCAAUUUUUUAAUCAUCGUUGCUGACGAUUUAGGAUUCACGGAUUUAUCCCCCUUUGGAGGUGAGAUCCACACACCCAACUUGCACAAGCUAGCUACUGAGAAUGGUGUCAGAUUAACUGAUUUCCACACGGCGUCAGCUUGCUCACCCACUAGAUCUAUGUUGUUGAGUGGAACAGACAACCAUAUUGCUGGGUUGGGACAAAUGGCUGAAUUUGCGUCACGUCAUGGUGAUAAAUUCAAAAACAAACCUGGGUAUGAAGGGUACUUGAAUGAUAAAGUGGUUGCAUUGCCUGAGGUUUUGCAAGAUCACGGCUACCACACGUUUAUUUCAGGCAAAUGGCAUUUGGGCUUAAAGGAGCCGUAUUGGCCAAUAAAAAGAGGAUUCAAAAAGUCAUGGACUUUGUUACCAGGUGCAGGUAAUCACUACAAGUACAUCAUCAGGGACGAAAAUGGCGAGCAAAUUCCAUUUUUACCCAACUAUUUUGUGGCUGAUGAUAAGGAGUUGAACCCGGAAAAGGACUUGCCGGAAGAUUAUUACUCAACCACCAACUUUACCAACAAGGCCAUUGAGUUUAUUGACGAGACUCCGGAAGAUGAACCGUUUUUUGGCUUUGUAACAUACACUGCCCCUCAUUGGCCAUAUCAAGCUCCUCAAGAUAGAAUCGCCAAGUACAAAGGAGUUUACGAUUCAGGUCCAGAGGAAUUACGUAGAAAAAGAUUGGCAAAGGCUUUGGAAUUGGGAAUCAUUGAAAAGGAUGUUAAGCCACACCCAAUUACUACUAUCCGUAAGGAUUGGAAAGAUUUGACUGAGGAAGAAAAAGCAGUUGAAACCAAGAUUGUUCAAACCUAUGCCGCCAUGGUUGAAAUAUUGGAUGAGGAGAUUGGAAGAUUGGUUGACCAUUUGAAAAAGAAGAAUGAGUUGGACAAUACUUUCAUCUUGUUUAUGUCAGAUAAUGGAGCUGAAGGUAUGAUAAUGGAGGCAUUGCCAUUGACGAACCAACGUAUCCAAUCCUUUGUUGAGAAAUACUACGACAACUCGCUUGAAAAUAUUGGAAAGUACAACUCUUUCACUUUUUAUGGUGAUCAAUGGGCCCAGGCUGCUACUGCACCACACUCAAUGUAUAAAGCCUGGUCCACUGAGGGUGCCAUUGUAUGUCCCUUGAUUGUCCACUAUCCACCAUUAUUGAAAAAUCAAGAAGGGAAAAUAUUCAAGGAGUUCACCACAGUAAUGGACAUCUUGCCAACUGUGUUGGAACUUGCAAAUGUGCCACAUCCAGGCUCAACUUACCGAGGUCGGAAAGUUGCUACUCCACGCGGAAAGUCAUGGGCAAGUUACAUUUCAGGAAAGGCACCGUUCGUGCAUGAUGAGAACACAGUAACUGGCUGGGAAUUAUUUGGCCAACAAGCAAUCAGAAAGGGCCAAUAUAAAGCCAUCUACAUUCCGAAACCAUUUGGACCUGAAAAGUGGCAGUUAUUUAACAUAAUUGCAGACCCUGGUGAAACAGAAGAUCUUGCUGAGAAAAAGCCACAGAUUUUAAAGGAGUUGACUGAUCAUUGGGCUGUCUAUGCAGCAGAGACUGGAUUGAUAGAGUUGGGUGCCGACUUUUUCAAAGUGGAAGCAGGAGGUAGUGCUGGUGGCAACGCCUCCAUCUACAGAACCAUUGAAGAUCUCUAA